ACCCUCUUUCCCGUGGGCCGUGGCCACGACCGCGCGACCGCCGCCGCCCUACGCCAGGUGCCCUGGUCGGUCCCUUCGAGCCAGGUCGUCGUCGUCCCUUCGCAGCCGACGAGCGCCCGUCAGCCUGGAGGACCACUCGAUGUAAUCGAAGACACCGGGGGUUCACAGCUGUUUUUUUGUGUGUGAAUUUACGUUCCUGAAAGGUUCGCUUGCGUUACACGCUCGGGAAUGGAUUACUACAACAUCCUCAAGGUGAAUCGCAAUGCGACCUUGGAGGACCUCAAGAAGUCGUACCGGCGGCUCGCGAGGACGUGGCACCCUGACAAGAAUCUGACUGGAGGGGCGGAGGCUGAGGCCAAGUUCAAGCAGAUAACCGAGGCCUACGAGGUACUAAGUGAUCCAGAGAAGCGUGCAAUUUAUGAUCAGUAUGGUGAGGAGGGCUUAAAGGGGAUGCCUCCACCUGGUUCCCAGAGCCGGUCCUCCACAACUGCUGGCCCAAGUGGUCCGAGUAAUUUCCAUUACAAUCCUAGUGACCCAGAUGAUUUCUUUGCUGAGUUCAUGGCAAGCAACAAGACUUACUCCUUUGACCAUGACCGGAGGCGAUUCCAGCCAAGGUCACAUUGGACUUCAGCCAGGAACAGUAGAAGUGAAGCUCCUUCUGGUUCACAGAAAGAGAAUGGUGCCAGUACAAGCAAUAUAGAAAAGCCACCACCUGUGGAGAAAACAUUACUUUGUACUCUUGAAGAGUUGUAUAAUGGAACAAAAAGGAAAAUGAAGAUCACUAGGAAUGUUGCAAAGCCAGAUGGAAGAAUAGAAGUUGAAACAGAGGUCUUGGCAGUUGAAGUGUUACCUGGCUGGAAAAAGGGAACCAAGAUUACAUUCCCCAACAAAGGCGAUAAGCUACAUGGCCAGUUAGCACAAGACCUGACCUUUGUCCUCGAUUCGAAGCCCCAUGAUGUGUACAAUCUUGAAGGGAACAACCUUCUUGUAAAGCAGGUGAUCCCUCUGGUAGAUGCCCUCGCUGGGGCAGAGAUAAACCUCACAACCCUUGAUGGUCGGAAUCUGCCUGUGAGGGUGGAGGAAGUGGUGCGCCCUGGAUACGAAGUUGUGCUGGAGAACGAAGGGUGGCCGAUCAGGAAGGAACCUGGGAAGAAGGGAAAGCUGGUAAUCAAGUUUGAUGUGACCUUCCCGAUGAGGUUAUCGCCGUCACAGCGGGCAGCCAUCAGGCGAAUCAUGGGCAGCUAACUGGGGGAAGAGAAAGAGAAGGGGCAUUGCAUUCUUUUACAUGGAGAAGGAACAGUCUCUACAUUGGCACUAGAAUUCAGAUGGAUAGUUGGAACUUGGAAGUAACUUGAGUCAAUCAGAUAGGCAUUUCCAUGGUUAAAUAUCCCGUUACUAAUCCUACCUAUUUGCUUUGGUUAAUUGAAUGUGACCUAGUUUUUUUUUUCGUUUUCUUUGUUAUAUCGUGUGAAUCCGUAGAAAAGGUGGGUGAUUUCGAGGAUAAUGUAAGCUGAUUUUUCCAUCCGAAUUUUUUCUGGGGCAUGUGAUGGUUUUUUCAUUGGAAAACUGUAGCAUACCCGGGAAAUGGAAGGAAAGGAAAAAAAGAUAGAAAAGACAAGAAAGGAGCCUUUAA